AGACGCUAAUCUGCCUUCUAGUUCGAGGUACAUACAUUAAUACGGACGGUGGAAAAGCAGGGACGCCCCCCAGCUGUAUGCUGCUCUGCUUUCUCUCCGGAUAUCGCCCAGGAAAGAGGGAGAGAGAGGCAGAUCGUCGCGCCGGCCGCCGUCGCCAUGGCUCCCGAGCCCCAAGACGAGACAAACGAGAAGAACCCUGCCCCCCUUGACGAUGACGACAUCGCCCUCCUCAAGACCUACGGACUUGGACCUUACUCUGCGAGCAUUAAGAAGGCUGAGAAGGAAAUUAAGGAGAUGGCUAAGAAGGUUAAUGACCUAUGUGGUAUUAAGGAGUCUGACACUGGAUUGGCUGCACCAAGCCAGUGGGAUUUAGUUUCUGACAAGCAGAUGAUGCAGGAGGAGCAACCUCUUCAAGUUGCAAGAUGUACAAAGAUUAUCAGCCCAAACACAGAAGAUGCGAAAUAUGUGAUAAACGUCAAGCAAAUUGCCAAGUUUGUGGUUGGCUUGGGUGACAAAGUCUCUCCAACUGAUAUUGAAGAGGGAAUGCGUGUAGGAGUUGAUAGGAAUAAAUAUCAAAUUCAGAUUCCUUUGCCACCAAAGAUUGAUCCAAGUGUUACGAUGAUGACAGUGGAAGAAAAGCCUGAUGUUACAUACAAUGAUGUUGGUGGAUGUAAGGAGCAAAUUGAGAAAAUGCGAGAAGUUGUAGAACUUCCUAUGCUUCAUCCAGAGAAAUUCGUUAAGCUUGGUAUUGAUCCUCCUAAAGGAGUUCUAUGUUAUGGUCCCCCUGGAACUGGUAAAACACUGCUAGCUAGAGCUGUUGCGAACAGAACAGAUGCUUGCUUUAUUCGUGUUAUUGGAAGUGAGCUUGUCCAAAAAUAUGUUGGAGAAGGGGCUCGGAUGGUCCGUGAACUUUUCCAGAUGGCCCGCUCGAAAAAGGCCUGCAUCGUGUUUUUUGAUGAAGUGGAUGCCAUUGGUGGUGCUCGUUUUGAUGAUGGGGUUGGUGGUGACAAUGAAGUUCAGCGAACUAUGCUUGAAAUUGUUAAUCAGCUAGAUGGUUUUGAUGCUCGAGGAAAUAUUAAAGUUCUGAUGGCAACUAAUAGACCUGAUACUUUAGACCCAGCACUACUGCGUCCUGGACGACUGGAUCGCAAGGUCGAGUUUGGUUUACCUGAUUUGGAGAGUAGAACACAGAUAUUCAAGAUUCACACCAGGACAAUGAAUUGUGAGAGGGAUAUUCGGUUUGAACUGCUUGCUCGCCUCUGCCCCAAUUCAACUGGGGCAGACAUAAGGAGUGUGUGCACUGAAGCUGGAAUGUUUGCUAUCCGAGCACGAAGGAAAACAGUUACAGAGAAAGACUUUCUUGAUGCGGUGAACAAGGUUAUCAAAGGCUACCAGAAAUUUAGUGCUACGCCAAGGUAUAUGGUCUACAAUUAACUGAUCGACAUCUUUUUUCCCAUUUGGAAUGGGAGAAAGUCUUCUAUCAAAAAAAGGUAUGGGAGAAGGUCUGUCGCUUAUGCUGCCUGCCCCAUUGGACCUUCUGUAGAUCUGUGUACUGCAUCAUACUGUAUUAUGGUGAAAAUAAAUGUAGGUCUUUGCAAGGAGAUGCUUAGGUAUUCAAGUUUUGUGGUAAUAUAACCCCGAGAUGAUGUACGUUGAACAUGACUCUCCAUUUACUGAAAACACCGGUCCUUGAUAUAUGCUUCCAUUUGCAAUCAUCAAUAACAAGUUUGAAUCAAAGUGAGUUAAA